GGCCUUUUGCUCGGUCGCCAUGGCAACGGUGUCACACCGAUUCCCCGCCGCCGCCCUUCCUCGCGACUCGGUGGCAGGUGGAGGAAUCGCUGCAACGUUUGUAUGAAUGGGAACGGGAUUCCGUGGUGCUGCAGUGCCCGGGGCUGUGCAGCGUCUUGCCACGCUAGACAGGAGGCAUCGCACCGGCUUCCUACCUCGGCCCUUUUGCAUGCACGUUUACUCAGAUGUUCUGCCAUGAAGGUGAAACUGAAGAACGUUUUUGUCGUCUACUUCCUGGUGUCUGUCAUUGGGUUGAUGUAUGCACUGCUCCAGCUGGGGCAACCUUGCGACUGCACCCAACAUCUAAAAUCAGCCAGUGACCUCAUCCAUGCCAAGGAGAAGAAGCUCUCCCAGUUGCAGAAUGAGUUGAAGAGGCUGCAGGGACGGGAAAAAGUACGAGAACCCGCUGCGCUAGCACUGCCCACCAUCUAUGUCGUCACGCCCACUUAUGCUAGGCUGGUGCAGAAGGCAGAGCUUGUGCGUCUGUCCCAGACCUUGAUGCACGUGAAGAACCUUCACUGGAUCGUGGUGGAGGACUCGCCGGUGAAGACCCAGCUGGUCUCGGAGCUGCUGGCCCAGAGCAACCUACGCUUCACGCACCUCCACGCGGAGACGCCCAAGGAGCACAAGCGCAAGGAGAGCGACCCCAACUGGCUGAAACCGCGAGGGGUGGAGCAGCGCAACCUGGCCCUGCAGUGGCUGCGGGAGAACCGCGAGCUCAGCGACGAAGGGGUGGUGUACUUUGCCGACGACGACAACACGUACAGCCUCCGCCUCUUCGAUGAAAUCCGCUCCACCAAGCGCGUCUCCGUGUGGCCUGUCGGCCUAGUGGGUGGCCUCCGUUUCGAGCGCCCCCUUGUUGAGGGCGGCAAAGUCGUGGGAUUCUACACUGCCUGGAAGCCCAACCGGCCCUUCCCCAUGGACAUGGCUGGCUUCGCCGUGGCCCUCCAGCUGCUGGUGGCCAAUCGGGAGGCCCGUUUCGACUUGCUGGCCGAGCGUGGCUACCUGGAGAGCAGCCUACUCCAGUCGUUGGCAUCUAUCGAGGAGCUGGAGCCCAAAGCAGACAACUGCACCAAGGUGCUCGUCUGGCACACCCGGACAGAGAAGCCCAAGAUGAAACAAGAGGAGCUCCUACAGAAGCAGGGGCUGGGCUCCGACCCAAGCAUCGAGGUCUGAUUGGGCCCCUACUCAGCUGUAGCACUGGAACCGGCACCUCUGAAGGGUGCAGGGCAAAAGCUAAGCCUUGCUGAACUGCAUGGGCCACUGAUGCUGGAACUCUUCCCCCCCGCCUCAUUCGUCCAUGGACACAAUGCGCUGGGGAAAACAAUUAUUUAUUGAGGACGGCCUCUCCCUCUCCCCACCCCCGACAAGGGGACAAGCUCUGCUUCCAACCAGAAGAAACUUUCAGAAAGUGCUGCUACCCCCAUGCUGGGGGAACAUCUCCAUUUCAGCCCUUUGCACCUUUCUUUCUUGAAUGCUGCUUUCUACUGAGGGAUGAGCCCCAACCUUCUCUAUGCCGCUACCCAGAAUUCUCCCUGCUUUGCUUCAAGACAGAUUCCCACUGCCAAGUGUUGUGGUUUGACGUAUUACUCCUGAGUGCUGUCUUCUAGGACGGACCCGGAUUUCUGUAUCUGAUGCUCAGGGGCCUGGAUUUGACCUGCAGUCAGGAUAACCGGGGCUUGGGGGGUGGGGGUGGGGGAGAGAGGGGUAGAACUAAGAACCAACGAAAGCAGCAGAAAAAAAGACCUUCUCCCUUCUCCUUUGCCAAUCUGCCUCCAGGUCACUUGUAACCUCAUUCCCCAUAUGGAGCCAAGUGACCCUUAACCUGCCGAGGGCCCGAUUGUGGGGAGGGGCUGGUUCCCAUCCCCCCGUUCUACGAGUGUUUGUGUCUCAUCUGCCCCGGUUGCAUGAAGUGGGUGGGUGUUACAGCAACAUGCAUGUGAACUGGUCAAUAAAUGUUUAAAACUCUA